AUGGGUCAGUGGUUGGCUUCCGCUUUCAAAUCCCUUGUGGGAAAGCAGGAGGUGCGUAUUCUUAUGGUCGGCCUUGAUGCUGCUGGAAAGACGACGAUCCUGUACAAAUUGAAACUUGGCGAAAUUGUGACGACGAUUCCUACCAUUGGUUUUAAUGUUGAGACUGUGGAAUACAAGAACCUGAAAUUCACCAUGUGGGAUGUUGGUGGUCAAGAUGUUCUUCGUCCGCUGUGGCGCCACUACUACCAAAAUACCAACGGGAUUAUCUUUGUUGUGGAUUCAAACGACAAGGAACGUGUGGGCAAAGCCCGCCAGGAGUUGGAAAAGAUGCUUUCUGAGGAUGAAUUGAGGAAUGCCGUGCUCCUUGUUUUCGCCAACAAGCAGGACUUACCGAAUGCGAUGAGCACAACGGAAGUCACGGAGAAACUUGGACUGCAGUCUGUGCGCCAGCGCAACUGGUAUAUCCAAGGUUGCUGUGCUACAACGGCUCAGGGCCUGUAUGAAGGUCUCGAUUGGCUGUCAGUGAACAUUAAGAAGAGUAUGAAGUAG